UCGGAGGUAGGCAAAUAGAGCAGACAGAGUGUCACUGCUGAUCUGGUGGCCACAACUCAAAUACGAUUGGUGGUUGCAAUGGAUUUCAGUUCGCGAGUGCUACUCUUAAGUGCUGCUCAUCUUGCUGCCCGAGGAGUGCUGGGCGUGAACUGGUUCGGCAAAGGUGGUGAUCACGAUGCACAUCAGGUGGGUCCUGUCCAAAUGGAGGUGCUCUUCCCGAAGGGCAUUCGACUGUGGACACACUACAAUCCGGACACGGCGGUUUUUGGUGUGGAGCUGUACGUGAAGUACUACGGUGGUCAAACGGAAGCCCUAGAGUGUGGUCUCUGUCGGAACACUAGUCGGCCGGUUUUCGGCAAGUUUAUGCUACAGGACGAUAAUGUCGUCGCGCGGGUCGGAGAUGUCCUGGAGUACACGAUCAUUACUUCGGACGGUACUACAAGCAAGCGACAUGCCGUACGGAGAAAGGUUAUUGACGAUCAGCUCAUUAGACACGCAGAUCAAUGUGACUCCUGCCCGGGUUCUUCAACUGUACUGCUUCGUGAGCCACAGUCGGAGGCCGAGAUGCUUGAGCGUAUGAUUCUUCGCGUGUUAACUAACCCGAGCUGUGAGUCGUUGUCGCAAUGGCUCGUGAUGAAAGUGGAACCGCGAAACGAAUUGGCCAAUGUGGAGGAACACGUUCGAACGGUUUUGGCCCGAAUGCUGAGGGUGGCCCAGAUGCUGGAUCCGGUAGGCAGUAGUUUCGUCUUUCCGGGGGCGUCGGAACUUAUUGAGCAAGUGGAGGACCAUCCGGAUGGGAUUGCGUUCCGAGUGACGUCAACAAUCGCUAAGCUGAAACUCUUCGAAGUGCUACGCAGCAGCGGACUCGUCGGUGAUUACGAUGAAGUGUUGUAAAUACUAAAACAUUGCUCUUUAAUUAAUUACAAAAUUAUAAACUGUGUUAAACAUAAGAAAACGGGUAUAAAUUGCCUUGAGAAUUAGAAUAAUUAGGUUCGGCAUUGGAUCUUGGAUUGAGAGUAUGACCAUUCAAAUCAUCAUGAUCAUUUGGAUCAUGAUCCGCAUUGCGAGCCUAGGGAGAAUGAGAAGUGAGAGAUUCUAUCUUUCUACGUAAAACUAUGCAUUUUAGAAGGAUUUGUAUCUAAAUGGAUGUUGUCGUCAUAUAGCUUCAGUGUAAUUAGUUGAAAUAAAUCCUGAUAUC